AUGGAAAAGUUAAAUGAUCAAAAAACAUCAAAAGUGAAAGGAAGUGCUUCCCAAAGUGCAUUGAAACCUGAACAGAUUCAUCUCUACAAAAGACGAUAUUAUAUAUUAUUGCUUUUCUCCAUCCUGUCAGCCUCAAAUGCGAUGCAAUGGAUUGAAUAUUCCGUCAUUGCGCAUAUCAUUGUCGAAUUCUAUUCAGUCUCAUAUGUUGCUGUCAACUGGACUUCAAUGAUUUACAUGCUUACUUAUAUCAUCUUCGUACUUCCCGCAAGUUGGGUUCUUGACAAAUAUGGCUUACGGAUAUCAUUAAUACUUGGUUCGGCUGGUAAUUGCAUUGGAGCAUGGAUAAAGAUGUUUUCAGCAAGACCUGACGCAUUCUGGAUCACAUUCUUGGGACAAACGAUCGUGGGCUUUUCGCAAAUGUUUAUCUUGGGUGUACCAUCAAGGUUGGCUGCUGUAUGGUUCGGUCCAGAACAAGUUUCCACAGCGUGCUCAAUCGGUGUCUUCGGCAAUCAAUUAGGCAUUGCAAUUGGUUUUGUACUUCCCCCUGUUUUGGUUCAUAUGGGUGCGAAAGGUUUUAUUGCCAAUGAUUUGAUUCGGUUGUUUCUCAUUUCAGUCGUUGCCAAUACUAUCAUUUUCCUGUUAAUCGUAUUGUCAUUUCCGAAAAAACCACUCUUGCCACCAAGUUUGGCACAGCUGCGCAUCCUGGACGAUACCAGCGAGAAAAAUUAUUAUAAUUCAUUGAAGCAACUAAUGACAAAUCCUAAUUUUAUACUUCUUUUCAUUACUUACGGAGUCAAUGUUGGUGUAUUUUACGCCGUGUCAACAGUGCUCAGUCAAAUGAUACUAAUAUUUCAUCCCAAUGAACAAGAAAGUGCAGGAAUGAUUGGCUUGCUAUUGGUAUUAGCAGGAAUGAUUGGUUCAGUGGUGUGUGGUUUCAUUCUAGAUCGUUUUCAUCAGUUUAAACUGACAACUCUCGUUGUAUAUUUGUUCUGCGCAGUGGGCAUGCUCCUGUUCACAUUUUUGGUAGAUGUUGCGCAGAUGUGGUGUAUUUAUGGAAGCUCCAUACUUCUCGGGUUUUUCAUGACUGGAUAUUUACCGAUCGGUUUUGAAUUUGCAUCAGAGCUAACUUUUCCAAUAGCUGAGGGAACUGCAUCAGGCCUUUUAAAUGCUUCUGCUCAGGUGUUUGGCAUAGUGCUUACUUUAUGUGUUGGUUUUAUUCUUGAACUAGGUAGUGUCUUUGCCAGCAAUUUAACACUUACGGGAUUUCUAAUCGUCGGAACUUUUCUUACAGCUCUUAUCAAAUCUGAUCUACGACGACAAAGAGCUCACGAAAAUAUUCCGUGCAUAUCACUGGUAAGUUUUGAUGAAUAUUUUGAUUUCAUUUCAUCAGAAUAA